AUGGUUCUGCUGCUGAUCCACAGACGACGUAUUCAAAAUCGGUUUUUGAACCUCUUCACGGAAGACGGAGAAGGGGUCUUCACAUACCGACAGCUGCUUUUGGACCUGACCCUCGUAGACUGCAUCAAGAAGGACCCAACUUCAGGACGAAAGAACGGCGUCUUGCGAAGUUUAGUCUAG